UCUGCACCUCAUCAAAGGCUCCAUAUGAGCAUUCCGCAUUUUGGUCAGGAAACCGCAGCUCGUCUGCUCCAUCGACCUGCAGUUCUGCAGUCCACCCUGCAGCCCACAGUUAAUCUCACCAGCUAGCCAACCUGCAAGCGAACCAAGCAGCAAGACAUCACUCAGAGACGAUAGUGAUACGAAGAAACAUGAAGCCGAGAUCUUGUUCUUCCAGCAUGAGCAGAGCACUGCUCCUGCUGUUGCUGUUCUGCUUCUGCAGCUCUGUCGCGAGGUCUCAGGCGACCGACUCGUGCACCUCGACGACGAGCCUCGCCGCGGUGAGCCGCCUCAUCCCCUUCGCCACCUCCAACCUCACCUGCUUCGACGCUUGGACCUCCCAAGGCUUCAUCGUGCGCUACGGGAAGAGCGCGCAGGGCACGUGGAGCUUCGUGCUGUCGGCGCCGGACCAGGGCGCGUACGUGUCGGUGGGGUUCUCUGCGGAUGGGGCCAUGGUGGGGAGCAGCGCGGUGGCGGGAUGGACGACCGGCAGCGGCGUUGGGGUGGCGAAGCAGUACCGGCUUGGCGGCACGAGACCUGCGAGCUGCCCGCCGGACCAGGGCAGCCUGACGCUCGUGCCCGGCACCACGCUCCUGGUGGCGCAGUCGUCCCGCCUCUACCUCGCCUUCCAGUUCACCGCGCCGCAGCCGACGCCCUACCUCAUCUACGCCGUCGGCCCAUCCGGCGCCCAGCUCUCCGGCAACUACCUCGUCCGCCACCGCAGCUACGCCGCCGCCGCUGUCAACUACGCCACCGGCGUGGCGUCCAGCGCGGGAGGGGCGUCGUCGUUCGACAAGAAGAAGUGGCACGGCGCGACGGCCGGGCUCGGGUGGGGCGUCCUCAUGCCGAUCGGGAUCGCGCUGGCGCGCUAUUUCAAGCGGCACGACCCGUUCUGGUUCUACGCUCACAUCUCCGUGCAGGGGGUCGGGUUCGUGCUCGGCACGGCCGGGGUCGUCGCCGGGUUCAAGCUGGACGACGACGAGCCCGGCGCCGACAGCCACCAGGCCCUCGGCAUCACCAUCCUCGUCUGCGGCUGCCUCCAGGUGAUGGCGUUCUUGGCGCGGCCGGACAAGGGGUCGAAGGUGAGGAGGUACUGGAACUGGUACCACCACUACGUCGGCCGCGCCGCGGUGGCCUUCGCCGUCGCCAACGUCUUCCUCGGGCUGUCCAUCGCGCACGAGGCCGCGGCGCUCAGCGCGUUGUACGGCAUCUUCCUCGCGGUCUGGGUGGUCGCCUCGGUUGUUCUCGAGGUCAGGCUCUGGAGGUCCGCUCGAUGAUCCAUUCAUCGAUCGAUCGAUCGAUCGUUCGGCGCGUGCAGGAUAUAUACUGCAUCGUCUGGGUGUACGAGAGGCGCCGAUUUAUGUACAUCGCCACCCGCGUGUGGUGCACGUAUUCUGUUCUUGUUUAUAGUACCUUUUUUUAGGCUCUAUUACCUCUUAGUUGUUCGUACGAGCUUAGACGAUUUGUGUUCGUCGCGUUUUUUUUGUUGAUUCGAUGUACCAUUGACUUGUUAUACUCCAUUUAUUUGAUACUGUAGUUUUAUAUUGUGAGAA